GCUCUGUGUCCCUUGGACACAGCGGAUCACGGAAAGAGCCGAAGAUGUCGGCUCAGUCAUGUGAUCAGCUGUGUCCAAUCACAGCUGAUCACUGAUCAUCAGGGCACUGAUGAUCAGUGUGCCCUGAUGAUCAGUGUGAACCCAGAAGUGCCACCUGUCAGUGCUCAUCAGUGCCACGUGCCAGUGCCCAUCAGUGCCACAUCAAUGCCACAUAUCAGUGCAUACCAGUGCACAUCAAUGCCACAUAUCCGUGUCCAUAUGAGCUGCCUUUCAAUGUCACCGAUCAGUGCCAGUCAGUGCCACCUAUCAAUGCCAAUCAGUGCCACCUAUCAGUGCUGCCAAUCAGUGCCACCUACCAGUGCCAGUCAGUGCCGCCUAUCAGUGCCAUAUAUCAGU